AAGAGACUUUUGUCACACGCGGACGCCUACCUCUCACCAGACUUCUCCUCUCCACUCCACUCCUUCCCGCGGAUAGACAAGACCAGCCUGCCAGCCAGCCUGCCAGCCUCCUGCUCGCUCGAAUAGCUCACAAUGUCCGCCUUCGCCCACCCUUCCAACACUAAGCUCAACGCGGCAGGUCUCACGCCAGACCACUCGCUCGUCCUGCCCGAGCGAGGGCCCCAGCCUGACGAGGUCGAGAUCCUCAAGGCUCUAUCCGAGCUCUACGCUCUGCAGCCUGCCGAGACAUCCUUUGCCCUUUUUGCGCCCAACGUCGUCUUCACGAUGCCCACCGGCGACGUCACAGUUGGCGCCCAAGGCCUGCGAGGCAAAUUUCAGAGCACCGGCACUCGGCGCCAGGUGCACCAGCGGCUACUGACGACGCCCGAUGCGCUGCCGGCACGGACAAUGUGUGUCGACCAGGUCGUCUCCGAAGACGGCGAGCCGAGCCGGUCGGUGCGAAGUCUUUUAGUGCUCAAGCGCCGCGCAGCUGACGGCCUCGUCACGAGCCUCACCGAGGAAGAGGGCCACCGACGGGCCACGGCGCCCUUGGCCGCUCGAGCUGCUGCUGCCUCCAACUUCUACUCGCCCACCGACAACAUGCUGUCGCCCUGCACCUCGAAGCUGAACCUGGCCAAGAAGAAGCACCACCUCAAGGGCAAGCCAAUGACGCUCUUUGCCUCGCAGCUGGCCGCCGCCAACAGCAGCGGUCCUGCCUCGUCAAAGCAGCCCGGCAGCAACACCACCAACAUGGACAUGGACAUGUGAUUUUUCUCUCUUUCCCCCUUCUUCUCCUUCUCGUCCUCCUUCUUCUGCAGCAUUCAUUUCCCAUACACACACUCACAACACUCACACACUCACAUUCACACCACUGAUCCGUCCUUUCGCCGUUCUUGUCUUGCCGUUUCGUGUACCAUUCAUUCAUUUCUCAGUCGUGUUUCUUUCACUUUCAGACAAAUGCGCCACCUCUAUUAAGCAUC